AUGGUGCCUCUCGGAAACGGCUUCCGGAAAGGGAAAAAGAAACGUGCUCCAUUUCCAUCCCGGCUGCUCCUCAAUCAGGGCGAUAUGUACUACUACUGCACCGGCUGCACCGAUCCCUCCUGCUCCUCAAUCUCAUCUCUGGACUCGUUUCCAUCCCACGACUUGAGCAGCGAUGAGAUGGCUGAAACAAGGCUGCAGAGCUCAGCUGGCCUGGCCGCCGCUGCCGCUCCAGCUUCUUGGAAUCAUUUCCAGGCCGGAUGCAUGGGCGCCGCUGCUAAUAGUAAUCCCUCCCCCAGCUCCUCCUCCUCCUCCUUCUCGUCCUUGGACUCGUUUCCCUCCGACAUGAGCAGCGGCGAGACGGUUGGCGCCGAAACGAGUCCUCGGCGCAAGAGGCCAGCAGCGUCGGCUGCGCCGUCCUACAUCGGCGUGCGCGCACGGCCGUGGGGGCGGUUCGCGGCGGAGAUCCGGGACUCCACGCGGGGCGGGGCGCCGGUCUGGCUGGGCACCUUCGGCACCGCCGAAGCCGCCGCCAUGGCCUACGACCAGGCAGCGCUCUCCUCGCGGGGCGUGGCCACGGCGCUCAACUUCCCACUGGAGAGCGUCCAGGAGUCGCUCUGCGCCCUCGGCGCCACGUCCACGGGCAUGGACGGAUCGCCCGUUCUGGCGCUCAAACGGCGCCACUCCAAGAGAAGAAGGCGCAACAAGGCCGAGAUAGCGAACGACGCGGCGACGGCCAGGAUGAGGAAGAACAAGACGAUGGCCAUGCAGGAGCGGCCCGUCGUGGAGCUGGAGGACCUCGGCGCCGACUACCUGGACGAGCUUCUCAGGAUUACGUGUGGUACAGCUUACUAG